AUGUCUGACGAUGGAAAGUCUCGAGUGCAGGUCUCUCUCCGUAUUCGACCUCUAGGCAAAGGGGACCGGCAUGGCACCAAAGUUGUGGUGCGCGGUGUCGAGGGCGGCGGUGUCGUCGUGGAUGACAGGCGAAAGACGAAGCGCACGUACCAGUUCGACUAUGUGUUCAGCGGCGGCCAGGCCGAGGUGUUCGAGGCGAUCGGGCGGCCGAUGCUGGAGGAGGCGUACAAGGGGUUCAACGUGUGCCUGUUUGCGUACGGGCAGACGGGGAGCGGAAAGACAUACAGCCUGCUCGGGGACGUGGGGAGCGAGGAGCACGCGGGCGUGGCGCCGCGGUUUGUGAGGUGUCUGUUCGACGAGGCGCAGCGGAUGGUGGACGAGGACGCUGACCUGACGAUCAAGGUGUCGCUGUCGAUGAUCGAGGUGUACAUGGAGAAGGUGCGCGACCUGCUUGUGCCGCGGCAGCGCGGGCAGGAGCCGGAGUCGCUGGAGAUUCACGAGGACCCGAGCCGGCGCGUGUACGUGCGUGGCGCAAGCGUGCACCAGGUGCUGAGCGCUGAGCGGAUGAUGGAGCUGCUGCGGAAGGGCAACGCGAGCCGGCAGACGGCGGAGACUAGGAUGAACGAGACGAGCUCGCGGUCGCACGCGAUCAUACAGAUCACGGUGUCGCAGGAGUUCGCGUCUGUGGAGAAGAAGGACCUGGAGUGCGUUGUGUCGCUGGUGGACCUUGCGGGGAGCGAGCGGCAGACGAAAACGGAGUCGAGCGGACAGCAGUUUGACGAGGCAAGAAAGAUCAACCACUCGCUGCUGAUGCUGGGGCGCGCGCUGAACUCGUUUAGCGAGCGCAAGGGCAGCGACGUUUUCAUCUCGCUGCGCGAGUCGAAGCUGACACGGUUGCUGUCGGAGAGCUUUGGGGGGAACAGCAAGACGUGGAUGCUGGCGACAGUGUCGCCGACGGCGUUCAACCUGACAGAGUCCAUCUCCACGAUGGACUACGCCACCAACGCGAUGGCCAUCACCAACAAGGCGAAGGUGAAUAGCAUGAAGGGUCUGGAACUGAAGGAGCUGAAGGCUGCCGUGGCACGUUUAGAGAAGCAGCUAGAGAAUUUAGCGAUGGUGCGCGGUGCAAAGGCGCUAGAUGUGGCGGGACUGCAGGAGGAGCGGGAUGCACUGCGUCUGGCUGUUCUCACUGCCCGCUCACAGGACGCCGCCUCAGUGCGGCUACGAAGUACACUGCAGCAUAUUCAGCUUGGCAACAUUGCCCUUCGACGUCGUGUUGAGGCUGCCGAGAAACGUAUGAUUUGGUCGCUAGACAACGAAGCCUCGUUUCUGUUUUACAAAGGCCGUUGUGCUAUUUCGCUGCGGAGAGUGCUUCGUGGGGAGAAGCGUGCGUACCGCCUCGCGCUGUUGGCUGAGAAUGGUCAGCUGACGCCUUCUACCUUGAAUGUGGAGCUAUUCUCUCUGAGCAAAGACGUUACGGCGCGCAAGGAUCCAAUGGAGCUGGUGGGGCAGAGUAUCAGGUUUUGCCUGCGCGUUGUUGGUGCUGAGGACCUCCCGCCACAGUUCUGCCGGCAUUCCUUUUGCAAGCUCUCCCUCCUAUUCGAUCAGGAUAACCACUACUUCACCACGAGCACUGCGGAAGACACUACAAAUCCGCGUUGGAAUCUCGUAAAGCAGUUUGAGCUGCCACAUCUGUCACCCGAGGUGAUUUCCCACUUUAGCACUCAUCGUCUUUUUACGUUCGAGGUGUUUGGGUUCAGCACGUAG